UAUGAAUAAGUACUCCAAAAAUAUUUCGUCUGCCAUUUCUUUACUUCAUCGCUGUAAUCAUCUUCUUCACUUUCACCAUUUUUUGUUUGCAAUUACCGAGCUCUGUGUCUGGAUCACAGUUGAGAGCGUUCUCACAGUUUCCUAAUUCAUGGCUUCAGCGGUCGAUUCCGCCAUUCAGAAACUCGCCACCGUUCAACUCAAUGAACUCUCCACAUCUUCAUCUCCUAAUCUCCAAAAAAACCUCUCGAUUCUAUCUCCCGAACAGAUAGAGCUCGGAAAGAUGUUGUUGGAGACGGGGCAGGUUCAUUUGUUUGAGAAUUGGCCUGAUCCUGGUGUUGAUGAUGAUGAUAAAAAGGCUCUGCUUGCUCAGAUAGAUCUGCUUAAUUCAAGCUACCCUGGAGGUUUGGCAUCAUAUAUCAAGACUGCCAGAGAACUCUUGGCAGAUUCAAAGGCAGGAAGGAACCCAUUUGAUGGCUUCACACCUUCUGUUCCAUCAGGUGAAGUCCUCACUUGUGGUGAUGAUAACUUUAUCCAAUAUGAGGAGAGUGGUGUGAAGCAGAUACAGAAUGCUGCCUUUGUUCUUGUUGCAGGAGGGCUUGGGGAACGUCUUGGAUACAAAGGAAUAAAGGUAGCGCUUCCUAUGGAAACAACUACAGGAACUUGUUUCUUACAACAUUACAUUGAGUCCAUAUUAUCCUUAUCACAAGCUAGCUACAAGCAUGCUCAAGGUGAAUGCCAAAGAGACGUACCUCUUGUGAUAAUGACAUCAGAUGAUACACAUGGGCAUACGUUACAACUCUUAGAAUCAAAUUCUUAUUUUGGAAUGAAACCUACACAAGUAAAACUUUUAAAACAGGAAAAGGUUGCUUGCUUGGCUGAUAAUGAUGCUAGACUUGCUUUAGACCCAAACAAUAAAUACAAAAUACAGACAAAACCUCAUGGCCAUGGUGAUGUUCAUGCUCUUCUUUAUUCCAGUGGUCUUCUUAAAGAAUGGAAAGAUGCUGGUUUGAGAUGGGUCUUAUUUUUUCAAGAUACAAAUGGACUUCUUUUUAAGGCGAUUCCUGCAGCAUUAGGAGUUAGUGCCACUAAAGAAUACCAUGUUAAUUCUCUUGCUGUUCCUCGAAAGGCCAAAGAAGCCAUUGGAGGCAUUACAAAGCUUACUCAUACAGAUGGUAGGGAAAUGGUGAUUAAUGUGGAAUACAAUCAGCUUGAUCCUCUCCUUAGAGCAACAGGUCAUCCUGAUGGUGAUGUCAAUUGUGAAACUGGCUAUUCUCCAUACCCUGGAAACAUAAACCAAUUAAUUCUUGAACUUGGCCCUUACAUUGAUGAGCUCUCAAAAACCGGUGGUGCCAUAAAGGAGUUUAUUAACCCCAAAUACAAAGAUUCAACUAAAACUGAAUUCAAGUCCUCCACAAGAUUGGAAUGUAUGAUGCAAGAUUAUCCUAAAACAUUGCCUCCAUCUGCUAGGGUUGGAUUCACAGUGACAGAAACAUGGCUUGCUUAUGCACCUGUAAAGAACAAUCCGGAAGAUGCUGCAAAGGUACCUAAAGGAAAUCCAUAUCACAGUGCUACUUCUGGAGAAACAGCAAUUUAUAGAGCAAACAGCAUGAUUUUAAGAAAGGCAAGUGUGAAGGUAGAUGAUCCAGUUACACAAGUCUUUAAUGGUCAAGAAGUGGAAGUGUGGUCACGUGUUGUGUGGAAACCAAAGUGGGCUGUUACAUUUUCUGAUGUUAAAAGCAAAGUGAAAGGAAACAAUUCUGUUUCUCAAAAAUCUACAUUGGUUAUAAAGGGUCACAAUGUUGUUAUUGAAGAUCUUAAAUUGGAUGGAGCUCUUAUUGUUGAUUCUGUUGAUGAAGCUGAGGUGAAAGUGGGAGGCUCUGUGUGUAACAAUGGGUGGACGAUUGAGAGUGUUGAUAAAGAUUGUGUUGAAUUGCCUGAGGAAGUGAGGAUUAGAGGUUUUAAGAUAAACAAAAAGGAGCAGUUGGAGGAAUUCUAUGGUGAAAGUGGAAAUUUUAUCUUGAAGCCAUGAAUUUUUUAAUUGUGAUGUGUUGUAUGUUUGUUUUAUUUUGGUUUUUAGCC